AUGACCUCUUCGCGACUCGCGCGUCUCCCAAGGUGGAUCAGCCACUGGCUUGGCUAUCGCCCAGAGGCUGUGAAGCCACUCUCCAAAUAUGAAGUCGCUCUAUGGUCCUUUAUAACCUCAUUCUGUGGUCUAUCGGUCGUGCAAGCAAUUUUCAAUUAUUCCGACUACUUCAUUAAUCGCAAUGUACCCGGUAUAGUCGCAUCCUAUGGUGCAUCCGCGGUCCUCGUCUUCGGCGCAAUCGAAAGUCCCCUCGCGCAACCACGCGCUCUAGUCUUCGGUCACUUCUUCAGCGCCUUAAUUGGCCUCUGCGUUACCAAAUUAUUUAGCCUGAUGCCCGACCAGGCGCGAUUCGAGUCCCUGCGCUGGCUAGCCGCCUCCCUUUCCACCGCUAUCGCUAUCGUCGUGAUGCAGUUUACGGGUACUACCCACCCACCUGCUGGUGCGACUGCUUUGCUCCCGGCUACUAGUCCCGAGAUUUGGCGCCUUUCUUGGUACUACUUGCCGGUAGUUCUGCUGUCUUCGACUAUGCUCUUGGUGUGUGCUCUUCUGUUCAAUAAUUUGCAUCGUCGGUAUCCUGCAUUUUGGAUUGCGCCUACUCCGCCAAAGCCUGUUGCACCUGCUCCGGUGCCGGUGAAUACUUCAUUGGAAGAGAAGAAGGUAGCGAAUUGUCCUGUCUGA